CUGCGGAGUCAGAUGCUUGAACUGGAAGGCGGGGGCACAUCAAAGCCGGGAAACGAGGCCCUGGGGGGUUUGGGUGCAGCAGGGCUUUCUUUUGGUGCCACCAGAAUAUUCGUUGCUUCUCCCUCUCUCCACUGGCUUGAAUGGAUCGCUCCAUCCAUUUUACCCCCCUCUCCUGGGGCGCAAUGGAAUGUUCCAGUGCCCCUCCGGUCCCGGGCCGCGUUACGGGGGACGCCCGCACAGUUGCCAGGGAAAGCCCCGGACGUGACGGCUUUGCGCGACCCCGAGCGGCCCUCCCCGCUUCCAAGCCGUCGUUCCUGGCGGGCUGACUUCUCACACCCACUUCCCUACCCCGUGGGUUCCAGUCGGGAGAAGUAAACAGCGGGAAGACCGAGGCCUACGGGGACACGGGCCAGGUGGGAGGCUGCGCUCUGCGGGGAGUCCUGGCUUGCUGUUCUGGAGUGGUCCAGAACCCCGGCUUGCGCGUGGUUGCCAGGAGCAUGCUGGGGCUCAGGGGGCAGCAGCUGCCCUGGACCUGGGUCCUGCUCCUACUGCCGGUUUGGUUGCUGCUGCCCGCAGCCCCCGCACCCCGCAGCACUUCCUACAAGCCGGUCAUCGUGGUGCAUGGGCUGUUUGACAGCUCGUACAGCUUCCGCCACCUGCUGGAAUAUAUCAACGAGACACACCCGGGGACUGUGGUGACCGUGCUGGAUCUCUUUGAUGGGCGAGAGAGCUUGCGACCCCUGUGGGAACAGGUGCAAGGCUUCCGAGAGGCUGUGGCCCCCAUCAUGGCCAAGGCUCCUCAAGGAGUGCACCUCAUCUGCUACUCUCAGGGGGGCCUUGUGUGCCGGGCGCUGCUCUCGGUCAUGGAUGAUCAUAACGUGGAUUCUUUCAUCUCUCUCUCCUCGCCACAGAUGGGACAAUAUGGGGAUACUGACUACCUGAAGUGGCUGUUCCCCACCUCCAUGAGGUCCAACCUCUACAGGAUCUGCUAUAGCCCCUGGGGCCAGGAGUUCUCUAUCUGCAACUAUUGGCACGACCCUCACCAUGAUGACUUGUACCUCAAUGCCAGCAGCUUCCUGGCUCUCAUCAAUGGAGAAAGAGACCAUCCCAACGCCACUGCAUGGCGAAAGAACUUCCUUCGUGUGGGCCGCCUGGUGCUGAUUGGGGGUCCUGACGAUGGUGUGAUCACUCCCUGGCAAUCCAGCUUCUUCGGUUUCUAUGAUGCAAAUGAGACCGUCUUGGAGAUGGAAGAUCAACUGGUUUAUCUACGCGAUUCUUUCGGCUUGAAGACUCUGUUGGCGCGGGGGGCCAUAGUGAGGUGUCCGAUGGCCGGGAUCUCCCACACAACCUGGCAUUCCAACCGCACCCUCUAUGAAACCUGCAUCAAACCCUGGCUCUCCUGAGGAUGCUUUUGGGGCUCCCCAGGAACUCCUCAGCCCAGAGACCUGAUGGGGGUCUUGGAAAGCAAGUGGUCUGGUGCGCCUGUGACCACCUCCCGGAUCCCACACUGCCCCCACCAACCAGGGCUCCCAGAUUCGCCUCCUCUGCUCCUCCCCCUACAAGUGACAGGUCCUGGGCUUCCCUACCUCAUGCCCUCUUGUUUGGAGGGUGCUCCGGGCUCCCCCUUUCUCCCGGGGCUGAGGUUGGGAUGUGAGGAUCCAGGUUUUUAACUUUUGGCUGCUGCUGCUGCUCCUCCUCCAUAUCUGGCUGCACAGGAGGAGAACCCAGCCCCUGUGUGCCAUAGGGGCCUCCUUCCCUCAGGCCACUCAGGACAUUUGUAGCUUCUGUUCUCUCAUGUUCCCUUCUCUGAACUCCCCUGUGUGUCAGCUCUUCUCACUCCCAAGCAAGACCAAGUGAGAGUGAGGCUCCCCUAUGGGGACAGUUCCGUUUUUGAAGUGUCAGUGUUGGGGAAUAUCUGUGGCCUGUGAGGCCCAUCUCAGGUUUGGGGAUCCCCCAGUCCCUAUGAUCAGUGUUGGGGUACCCCUGGGGGCCUAGUUUCUUUGAGGCCCCAGCCCCUCUUUUAACUGCCCUAGAAUGGGUGUUUCUCCUGUAUUUAUGGGAAUAAAGUUGCAUUCCUCAGUGUGGCUUGGCUC